GUGUUGAUGCAUGACGUCACGGCAUGCUCUCGGCGCCCCUCCUCUCGCGUUCCUCUCUGUGUUGUUUCCGCAUAAUUAGAAGGAAUCUCCGCCCAACCCGAUUCCAGCUUGGCUGCGUUGUUUGGGGACAGUCCGAAGAUGGCGACGGCCCAGCUGUAUUGCGUCUGCCGGCAGCCGUACGAUGUGAGCCGGUUUAUGAUAGAAUGCGAUAUUUGUAAGGACUGGUUUCACGGCAGCUGUGUUGAGGUAGAAGAGCACCAUGCUGUGGACAUUGAUGUUUACCACUGUCCCAACUGUGACGUCCACCACGGACCCUCUCUGAUGAAGAAGCGAAGUAACUGGCACAGACACGACUACACCGAGCCAGAUGACGGCAGUAAGCCAGUGCAGGCUGGCACCUCUGUGUUUGUGCGGGAGCUGCAGUCCAGGACCUUCCCUAGUGGAGAUGAGAUCUUGCAGCCAAUGCAGGGCGGUCAGGUCACCCAGCGGUAUCUGGAAAGACAUGGCUUCCGCUAUCCCAUCGUUGUAUCCAAAAUGGAAGGGCUUGGUCUCCGAUUACCUCCACCAGAAUUCUCCGUCAAGGAUGUAGAACGCUACGUUGGAGGUGACAAAGUGAUAGAUGUCAUCGAUGUGGCCAGGCAAGCGGACAGCAAGAUGAAACUGAGUGCUUUUGUGAAGUAUUACUACAGCCCUCAGCGGCCGAAAGUCCUGAACGUCAUCAGUCUGGAGUUCUCAGACACCCAGAUGUCAGAGCUGGUGGUGGUCCCUGAUAUCGCUCAGAAGAUGUCUUGGGUGGAGAAUUACUGGCCUGAUGACUCUUACUUUCCCAAGCCGUUUGUGCAGAAGUACUGUUUAAUGGGUGUGAAGGACAGCUAUACCGACUUCCAUAUUGAUUUUGGGGGCACCUCUGUGUGGUACCAUGUCUUGUGGGGGGAGAAGAUUUUUUACUUGAUAAAGCCGACCCCGGCCAACCUUGCACUAUAUGAGGAGUGGAGCUCGUCCCCAAACCAGAGCGAAGUGUUCUUUGGGGAGAAAGUGGACAAGUGCUACAAGUGUGUCGUGCGGCAGGGAACAACACUUCUGAUUCCAACAGGAUGGAUCCAUGCGGUUCUCACCUCUCAGGAUUGCAUGGCUUUCGGCGGUAACUUCCUCCACAACCUCAACAUAGGCAUGCAGCUCAGGUGCUAUGAGAUGGAGCGCCGUCUGAAGACUCCAGACCUCUUUAAAUUUCCUUAUUUUGAAGCCAUUUGCUGGUAUGUAGCCAAGAAUCUGCUGGAGACUCUCAAAGAAUCACGAGAAGAUAACUGCCUGCCUCCAGAAUACCUGAUCAAGGGAGUGAAAGCUUUGAUAACUGCACUGAGGAACUGGCUAAAGAGAGAGGUCACAGAGCCAGCCAGCGAGGUCCCCGACCAUAUCAGACCCAACCAUCUCAUUAAAAUGCUCACCAAGGAAAUCCAGUACCUUGAGGAGUACCAGAAUGGGAAUUGUGGAAGCAAGCCAAUGAAAUUUCAAGGAAGCUCUGCGUGUCCUUCCACGAGGUCAGCACACGAGAGAGGGUCUCACGCUCGCAGGAAUGCCAGACGUCUUCGUGACCACCACCACCACCAUCAUCAUCAUCAUCACCACCAUCAUUCUCACGGCCCUAAGGUUCCUUCCAACCUUGACAUUUUCGAACAGCACACACAAGAAGUCUUAAAAAGACUUGAGAUGGGUCCUUAUGAGGAGGAUGCCUCCUUUAACCUGAAGGUCAAUGGCAAGUUCAACAAGGUCUCCACGGCCUCAGCUGCAAUGGCAGAACGGAGUUUGGACACUGACCUCCGUCUGGUGCUGUGCAAUGGACGAAUAGUCAGAGAUAACAGGCAGCAUGUUGGCGAAAAAAGACCAAGGAUAAAGGAAGAGGAGGGCUUCAGAGAUGUGAAAAGGGAUUCACUCAAGAUUAAACUAGUACCUAAAGAGGAGGAACAGGAAGUGUAUAUUCAUAUGAAAGAGGAGGAUAAGCAUCAUCGUGUAGCCAGUGAAGUGAAGUCCUUUACAGAUCUUAGUAAACAAGAGAGUCUCAGGAACAGAGAAUCAGUACAUUCAGAUAUCUCCUCAGACUCAGAAUCAGAAGCGGAGUUCACCACACGGAAAAAGAACUGCUCUGAGGAGGAAUCUGAAAGCUCUUCAGAGGAAGAGGAGGAUGAGAAGAUUAGGAGGAGUGACGACAACCAAAAAGAGGCCAAAAGUUGCUCCGGCUACAUGAUGGAUACACAUGAGUCCAGGCAAAGACUUGACCGUUUUGAAAAAUGUCUUAAAAGUGAAUCUGCUACCUCGCCAAGCACAGAAGAGGAUGCUAUCCAGGGAAUGCUGUCUAUGGCAGGCCUGUUGUAUUCUCACCAGUCAGAAGAUCCCAGCAGUUCACAGGAAUCCUGGUGGUCCCGAACCAACCAUCCCUCCCCUGACUACAGUAAAAAGGAGAUUGCAUCAGGAGAGGAGAACCAGGAUUCAGACAGCAAUUCUUCACAGGAGGGUUUUCGAGAGUGUGAGCUUUCAGAAGGAGGAUAUAACGCCAAACUCAAGCAUAGGAUACAGGAACACAAGAACUUCAUGGACAGCCAGGGCAGUGGCAGCAACAGCAGCAGUGAGGCGUGGAGCAGUCGUGCACACUCCCCAGCCCACGGGGAAAGCCCUACAUUGGGCUACCAAUACUGUGAGACAUCCUUGUCGCCACCCCUGCACCCAUCCAAGAGGCCUGCCUCAAAUCCACCACCAAUCAGCAAUCAGGCCACCAAAGGUAAACGUCCUAAGAAAGGCAUGGCUACAGCUAAGCAGCGACUGGGCAAGAUUCUCAAAUUGAGCAGACACAAACCCUUCUUUGUGUAGUUGGAGCGAUGGCAGAUUUUGGAUGCUAAGUGUGCAUGUUAAAGGUGACAGGGUAUAAAGUGUGUUUGGUUCAACACAUUUGGUCAUAAGCAUGGUAUUGGGCUACCAAUCAGUCCGAAGCUUCGGAAUGAUCUGAAAAAGCGCUUCGCCCAACAUGUUUUUUGCUAAUAUGUGCAUCCAAAGGAUCAAGGUGACUGAUAGGAAAUAAGACUGAAAACAUCACUUUUUAAAGCUUUUGGUUCUCAACGAUUGCAUCAAAAUCAGGUUUUCGAAGCUGAAAGCAAAGAAUAGCAUACUGCCAGGCUGCUUCCCACAACUUGCGCAUCACUUCAACGAUGUACGUCUUAAACAAGGCAGGCAAUUGAGUGAUGAACUGAUUUUGUAAAGGUGCUUGACUUUUUGUCUUCUCAUUUUGUGAUUACAACUGACGUUUCCUAGCAAAUUACUACAGUGAAGAAAAUUUGCAUUACUGCCUCAAGACAAAAUUCACCAAGGCUGACCACUUGAACUACCUGUCAAUCAAAAAUGUUCUCACAUUUUAAGGAUAAAUUAAAGAAAAAAUGUAUUUUUGUCAGCAUUUGUAUUCAUAUUGGCAUAUUUUAUAUUGCAAGCUAAGUAGCGUGGGGUAGUUUAGCUAUAUUUGGUCCUGUGUUGCCACCUAGUGGGCAUCCAGAGACUGACCUUUAAAAGAUGUUUGAGCGUAUCAUUUCAAAUGGGGUGCGUCAGAACACAUUUUCCCUUAAUUUAUUCCUUUUUUAUGUUGGUGCUUGAUUUUUUUUAUUAUUAUUAUUAUUAUUAUGAUUUCUAUACUGUUAUUAAAUGACGUAUUUAUUACUGAUGAAAGAGAACAUUGAGCAUUUAGGGAGGUUUGCUGUUCUUUAAGGUCUUAAUAUGCAUCUGUUUAGAUAUUUGUGGCUGUAAAUUUGUUCACAGGCUCAGUCAUUUUUCAAAAUUUCAUCUGUAUUUGUAUUGCAUUGUGGGUAAGAACAAAAUGUGUUGUGUAAUAAGAAGCCAAUAUUUAAUCAAAGAACCUGCCCUUUAAAGUCUUUAAUUUUUACCUCAAGAUGUCUUUUUCACAACGUUUGGAAAAAAAGAUUUGAAUCCGUACUGAACCAGUAAUGUCACCUCCUGUUAUUUGGCUGGUUUUUACUGUUAUUCUAAAGAUCUGGUUUCAGAAACGUGUUGUUGUUUUCGUAAGUAUAAAGUUCAGCUGCCUCAUCAAUUUCUAAAGCAUUAAAACACUGUUUGAACUGGUGCUGUGUAUAGUAAGAAAACGAGACGUUUAAGAUGGCCAUGGAGCGUGGGAGAAUGUUUACCUUUUUUAUGUUGAAAUGUAUUUGGCUACACGUCUUUUUACAAAGAAACAAAAAGAGUAUUUAUUUUUGUAAAAUAAGUCUUAACAGAGAGAAUUUUUUUGCAAUUGUACCAACAACGUGUAUCGAAAUAUGGCGUUUUGUAAGAUAUGUGUGUGAUUUUGAGGUAGUUUACUCUGGUUUUGUGUGAAAGACCUCAGGUAAUUGUUCACGCUCAAGGUUUUGGAUUCCCUUUGAUGAAUGCCAAAUAAGUGUAAUCAAAAAAGUCAGGUCUUGCUUUCAAUUGUGGUUUCCCAACAGCAAAAAGAGCUGUUUUAUCUAAUCUUGUAUGAAAAUUUCUUGACCAGUAUCCCCGUGAAAGAAAAUAUCCUCUUUUUGUAUUCCCAUUCCCAUUUACAGCAACUUCAACAUAAUCUACAAAGCUCUUCAGGCAAUAACGCACAUUCCAUAAGCUUCCAGGAACUUUUAUGACGGAUUUCAUUGACUCGCUGAGGUACAAGUGCAGCAGCUCAGGGCUCACAUAUGGACUGUUUUUCUGACGAACAGCUUUGAUACUAAUUUUUCUAAGGGCUUCAGUCAACCCAAAGGUGGACAGAAUUUCACAGGUGAUUACAACCAGCACAGUAUUGCUACUGUAUGUCAUCUUCCAAGGUUUUUAUGAUGGUUUAUUGUGGACUACGAUACUCAAGCAUUGUGUUUUGAUCCAUUUCGAAGAUACCAUUAAUGUAGCACCUGUUGUUUUUCCCCUUGAUAAGAUACUAGUUUAUGGUGCUACUUGUCUGACCAGGAUUUUUCGCUGAAGUGUACAUGUAUUUCAGUCAAAACUUUGAUUGAGAUGUUUUGUUUUGUUUUUUGGGGGGAUUGGAGGAGCUUCUGUGUCUAUCAAAAAUGCCGCACUGCACUAACCAUGUCCUGCAUUAGCUAUGUUACACUACACUGUUUGAGUUUUUUGUUUUUAUAUUGUUACUGUUUUCUUAAACACAAUGAUUAUCUAAAUGUGCUUGAUAAAAGUCAAAAACAUUGCUGGCCUGCAGGCAGGGUUUGUACCAUGCAGUUCUUGUACAGUAUUUAUUUGGCAUUCUCGGUUGUUUUCCAUUUUCUGGUCGUGCAAUCAAUUACUUGUUUGUUUUAUGGUGUGUCCUUUCUCAUUUUCAAUGCAUUCAACUGUUUGAGAAAUUUUAUAUGGUUGUAUAAUUUUGUUGGAUAUUUUGUGACACUGUAAUCCACAGCUAAGGCUCUUGAAAUUGGGAUUUUCAGUUGUACAAUGUGGCCUGUACAAAAUAAAAUUUUUACGAGUGAA